AUAUAAUACCGCAUUUUGUUAGCAGAGGAUAAUAUAUUAAAAAUAUCUUAUUCCAAUUACAUAUGCAUUGCUUCAAAGUACUAAGAUUUGUCUCUUUGUGGUCUAAAGUGCCACUUGGCUCAUUACAUCCUUCGUCUGGUAUAGUCGCAUAAUUUGAUGCCGAUAGCUAUUCCUAAAAAGUAAAUUUAGGAGUCAACACUUAUAGAGAUAACUAAGGAAAUCCUGUACUUCUGGAAUCUGUACAAAAAGUAAAAAUUUUCUUCAAUUAGGCUAUGUAAAUAGUUAGAGAAAAAAAUUUAGAUAAUGAAUACCCUCCCAUAGAAGGACUCUAACCUUUCAUCUAAGCAGCAAUUAAACUUGGAUAUGGUGAGAAGUACUACGAAAAAAAUGGUAAAUACAUUGCUGGGUGCUAAGUACUCAGUGGAACAGGGGCUAUAAGAUUAGGUUUUGAACUAUUGAAUAAGUUCGUUACUCCAGGAACAUAAGUUUUUGUUCCAAAUCCAACUAAAUCUCUUCACCCGACUAUCGCCAAGAUAGCAGGAUUGUAAUCUAAAGAAUAUCGUUAUUUCAAUCCAAUUACCAGACAAGUAGAUUUUUCAGGGCUUUUUGAAGAUUUAUAAAUUGCCCCAAAUGGAUCGAUUGUAUUAUUCCAUGCUUGCUCACACAAUCCAACUGGAUGUGACCUUGAUAUAGAUUAAUGGAGAUAAUUAUUGGAUUUAACAAAAUAAAAAGGCAUUCUCCCAUUUUUUGAUAUGACAUACUAAGGAUUUACAAGUGGAGAUAUGGACUAAGAUGCUUAAGCCAUUAGAAUGUUUACAGAAGCAGGUGUUCCCAUUAUGUUAGGAUAAUCUUUUGAUAAAAAUAUGGGAUUGUCAGGUUAGAGAACUGGAUGUCUCAGUAUAGUAUGUUCUAAUGAAAGAGAAAAGGAAAUGGUUGUCUCUUAAUUAAAUUUGAUAGCCAGAUCUCUUUGGUCUUGUCCACCAGUUCAUGGAGCCAGAAUAGCAGAAACUAUACUCAACAAUCAAAAAAUAUAUUAAUUGUGGUUGGAUGAAGUCAAACAUAUGGCUUAAAGAAUAAAAACUAUGAGAUAAGGCUUUACUAAAGCUUUAAAAGACUUAGGCUCUCCUCAUGAUUGGUCACAUCUCUCAAAAUAAUUUGGAAUGUAUUCAUUAACAGUAAUAAUUAUCUAUAUUUUAUAAGGGUAUUGGACAACUCCAAAUUAAGGAACUUAUGGAAAAAUAUCACAUCUAUUUAUUAGAUAAUGGAGGAAUAUCGAUAGCCGGACUGAAUGAUACCAAUAUCAAGUACGUAGCUAUGGCUUUUCAUGAAGUGACUAAAAACACUAGAUUGUGA